GAGAGAGGGAGAGAGGGAGGAAUGGGCCGGGCCGUGGAGAGAGAGAGGGGUGUGGUUGGGUAUAAACCCUGGGACAGUAGGGUUCUGUUGUUGUCCUCUGUCCUGGCACCGUGCAUCACUCUGUCCUAUCUCUCCAUCGCUCCAUAGUGGGACUCCUCCGUCUGCAACAUCCCUUUAGGAACCCAAAGACUCAGGAACCAUGCUGACCAUUUUGGCGCUAGCAUCGGUCAUACUGCUUGGAAUAGUGCCCCAGCAGUCGGAGGCCAUCGUCAUCUACACGGGCUGGGAGCGUCACGCCCUGGUGGGGUCAGACAUCCGUCUGUCAUGUUCAUUCUUCUCCUGGCGCUGGACUUCCGAUGACGUCACCUUCUCCUGGAGCUACCGGGCCGACGGAGCCAGGGACAGCAUCUCUGUCUUCCACUACACUGGUGGUGCCCCCUAUGUGGACAACAAGGGACCGUUCAGAGACAGGCUGGAGUUUGUGGGGAACCCUGGUCGCCGGGAUGGAUCCAUCCUACUCAAGAACCUGGACUACGGAGACAACGGCACCUUCACCUGUGACGCCAAGAACCCGCCUGACAUAGUGGGACGCGCCUCCAGUGUCAGACUGCUGGUCUUUGAAAAAGUUCCCAUCCAGGCUGGAGUGAUCACGGGGGCCAUCAUCGGUGCGGUGCUGGGUCUGUUGGUGCUCGUCGUGGUCAUCUACUAUCUCAUGAGGUUCCUGGUGGCCCGCAGAGUCUUCAACCUCAGUGUCAGCAAACAUGGAAAGAAAGGGAAGGGUAAAGAGGGAUCUCAGCAGAGACAGGUCCCAGUUCUCUCCAUCGGGGACCCGUCCAAGCUGAAGACCGCCGCCUCAGAAAAGAAGAAGCAGGAGUCACGCAAGGAUAAGAAAUAGGAUACGGAGAGCAGAGAGCUAGAGCCCCAAAAUACAGCCCACACAGCCCACACAGCCCACACAGCCCACACAGCCCAGCACAAAGCACUGAGACAGCCAGGGAGAGCAGGAACAUGGGGAGGGGACUCACCCAAGGGGGAGAGGCCUGACAGGGUGCUGAUGACCAUUGAGCUGGAGCUCUCCAAGGGGGACAAAGAGGGGGAGGGGAAUGGGGGUGGGUCCUCCUCAGCCAAAUCAGCCAGUUUCCUGUCCCAGCUCACCAAAAAACUGACCCUGAAAUAAGUGAAUGAGACAGACAGGGGUUUUAAACGGAGGACGAUACUGUCCGAAAUCAUACUGGAGAGAGAAGCAGAGGAGGGUCUUAGAGAGGCGGUCCUAAUGACCUAAAAGGCUACGUCUCAAAUAGUACCCUAUCCUUAUAUAGUACACUACUUUAGACCAGAGCCCUAUUGGUAGUAGUGCAUUAUAUAGGGAAUAAUAAGGUGCCGUUUGGGAGGCAGAGUAAGUCUGUCUAGUACAGUAUAUUCCUUCCCACGAGAUCUAAGCCUUUACAACUGAAACGAUCAUCAUUACGAUCUUAAUGCCACACUGAGGAGAACAUAGACACAAUACUGAGGAGAACAUAGACACAAUACUGAGGAGAACAUAGACACAAUACUGAGGAGAACAUAGACACAAUACUGAGGAGAACAUAGACACAAUACUGAGGAGAACAUAGACACAGUACUGAGGAGAACAUAGACACAGUAUUGAGGAGAACAUAGACACAGUAUUGAGGAGAACAUAGACACAAUACUGAGGAGAACAUAGACACAAUACUGAGGAGAACAUAGACACAAUACUGAGGAGAACAUAGACACAAUACUGAGGGGAACAUAGACACAAUACUGAGGAGAACAUAGACACAGUACUGAGGAGAACAUAGACACAGUAUUGAGGAGAACAUAGACACAGUAUUGAGGAGAACAUAGACACAAUACUGAAGAGAACAUAGACACAAUACUGAAGAGAACAUAGACACAAUACUGAGGUGAACAUAGACACAAUACUGAGGAGAACAUAGACACAAUACUGAGGAGAACAUAGACACAAUACUGAGGAGAACAUAGACACAAUACUGAGGAGAACAUAGACACAAUACUGAGGAGAACAUAGACACAAUACUGAGGAGAACAUAGACACAAUACUGAGGAGAACAUAGACACAAUACUGAGGUGAACAUAGACACAAUACUGAGGAGAACAUAGACACAAUACUGAGGAGAACAUAGACACAAUACUGAGGAGAACAUAGACACAAUAGUGAUUCCAAAAGUAUGAUAAGUCAAUGAAAACCCUCCAACUACUAACUGUUACUGUCAGGUCAUGAAACAUGCCUUCUGGAUCGCAUCAUCUGACUGCUGGUUGGAUAACAUCAUCUGACUGCUGGUUGGAUAACAUCAUCUGACUGCUGGUUGGAUAACAUCAUCUGACUGCUGGUUGGAUAACAUAAUCUGACUGCUGGUUAGACCACAUCAUCUGACUGCUGGUUGGAUAACAUCAUCUGACUGCUGGUUAGACCACAUCAUCUGACUGCUGGAUGGAUAACAUUAUCUGACUGCUGGUUGGAUAACAUCAUCUGACUGCUGGUUGGAUAACAUCAUCUGACUGCUGGUUGGAUAACAUCAUCUGACUGCUGGUUAGACCACAUCAUCUGACUGCUGGUUGGAUAACAUCAUCUGACUGCUGGUUAGACCACAUCAUCUGACUGCUGGUUGGAUAACAUCAUCUGACUGCUGGUUGGAUAACAUCAUCUGACUGCUGGUUGGAUAACAUCAUCUGACUGCUGGUUGGAUAACAUCAUCUGACUGCUGGUUAGACCACAUCAUCUGACUGCUGGUUGGAUAACAUCAUCUGACUGCUGGUUGGAUAACAUCAUCUGACUGCUGGUUGGAUAACAUCAUCUGACUGCUGGUUAGACCACAACAUCUGACUGCUGGUUGGAUAACAUCAUCUGACUGCUGGUUAGACCACAUCAUCUGACUGCUGGUUAGACCACAACAUCUGACUGAUGGUUGGAUAACAACAUCUGACUGCUGGUUGGAUGACAAUAUCUGAAAAGCUUUGUUUCCAUCCUGUCAUCUUAGAUUUGAUGCAAGGCAGUAUUUCUCUACCACGUCUGUCUGACACUCAUCACAAGGGUCCUGGAUACAGGGACAACCCAAUUUGUUAUUUUCAGCUGUGUCCCAAAUGGCAUCUUGUUCCCUACAUAGUGCACUCUGGGCCUUGGUCAAAAGUAGUGCCCUAUGUAAGGAAUAGGGUGCCAUUUGGGAGACAGAGUCUGGCUUCCCCCUCACACUGGCGUUCUCUCUUUCCCUUUCCUCCUUUCAGUGGAACACUUUGUAUUCAGACUCUUCUCAUUCAAACUGUUCAAGUGGUUUGAAAAACUUUUAAUGCCAACUCUUUCACAUCCUCUCUUUCCUAUUUAUCUCCCCCUCUCUCUCGCUCUCUCUCACCCUCUCUCUCCCCUUCUCUCUUGCUCUCGCUCAUUUCCCUUAUCUCUUUCUCUCCAAUAGAUUUUCUGAAUCUUAUUUCUCAAGGUCUUAAUUUCCUUCCACCUGACUGCUUCAGCUUCCAUAGACCAUACCCCUUUAGACCACACCCCUUUAGACAACACACAUUUAGACCCCACCCCUUUAGGCCACACCCCUUUCCAUCUGCUCCACCUCCUGAUGCACUUGUCCUAUCUCAUUAAGCCCUAUGAAAGAGUAGUCCUAUCAAACUCAGUGUCUCCUCUGCAGAAUAUACAACAUAUAACCCCUCCAGCUAGCAUCAAGUAGAGCUGACCCAGUAUAGACAUGCAGUGUAAUAUAUGGACCCUGCUAAUGUAGAGAUACUAAUGACUUCAGGGAGGGGUCAAAUAGUUCCUGAAAUUUCUAUUAAUGUUUCCUGCUGCUGGUUGCUUAGCUCAAUGGCUCAAUCAGAUCAGAUGAGAGUGGUGUGGAAAGAGAGUGUGAGUGCACCCUGCACUGACGAGUUAGAGAAAUAUGAUUCCAAGCUCUCAGCUUGUGUCGAUGGGUUCAACCCGUAGUUCAUUUCACCGGGUGAUUCAAUCCCUUCACAUUUGAGCUAAUGGAGGUCAUAGUUCUACACUGGACUCUGCUGCUUGGCUGUCGGUGCAUGCUGAAGGUUAGGUUAUUUCUGGCUCCAUAAGGGCGUAUACAGGAUUACUGUAACAGCUGCAAAACAGGAAAAUACUUGUUCGUUUGUGACUGAGAGUAUAUCCCGAAUAUCAUUCUGUUCUCUCUGUUGUUGUGACUGAGAGUAUGUCCGGAAUGAUACUCUAUUCUCUCUGUUGUUGUGACUGAGAGUAUGUCCGGAAUGAUACUCUAUUCUCUCUGUUGUUGUGACUGAGAGUAUGUCCUGAAUGGCACUCUAUUCUCUCUGUUGUUGUGACUGAGAGUAUGUCCUGAAUGGCACUCUAUUCUCUCUGUUGUUGUGAAUGAGAGUAUGUCCUGAAUGGCACUCUAUUCUCUCUGUUGUUGUGACUGAGUCCUUGAAAUUAUGUCACGUUGACAGCCAGUCGACAUUCUCAGGCCCUGACAACAGAGGGAUACCAACAAGUGAUUCAUCCUUAUACUCCUCCUGGUUAUUUUGGUCCCGUUAAUCCGUCCUGCAUGUGUCUCCCCCACUCAGAUCAUUAUUUUAGCACUUGCUGGCAACUGGAUCUCUCUCUCUGUCUGUCUCUUUUUCUCUCUCUCUCCCUCUGUCUCUCUCUCUCACACAGACACUCUCUCUCUCUAUCCUUUAGUGACACUAAGCUAUGUUCCCUCAUAGAUUACCCAAUCCACUCUCCACUCCAUACUUAAGCCUCUUCUAUCUGUAUAGAUACAGACUGUAUCAGACGUCUUCUAUCUGUAUAGAUAUAGACUGUAUCAGACCUCUUCUACCUGUAUAGAUACAGACUGUAUCAGACCUCUUCUAUCUGUAUAGAUAUAGACUGUAUCAGACCUCUUCUACCUGUAUA